ACUGCCUACUGCAGCCGCGGGAGGCUACUUCCGUUCCGCACAGGGCGACAGGCAGCAGCCAGCCUCGACUGUGGCGGAGGUCCAGACACAAUAAGACCGGUGUUUCGUACCUCUGGCACAUCUAAGAACUGCAGGACAGCUGCCCUCGAGGACUGGAGUUUGACACCUGUGCUAGGGUUGCGCCUCUUCUCCAAUCCAAACCGGAAUGUCGGAUGAGGAUUCCCGAGCCAGCACCAGCUCUUCCUCAUCGCCGCCUUCCUCCAGCCAAAGCAGACAUCGGGACCUGCAGGGAAAGAAGAAACGGGAGAGCAAAGCCAGCAUGAGCAAGACCUCCAAGCUGCUUUCCACCAGCGCCAAAAGGAUUCAGAAAGAGCUGGCUGACAUUACACUGGACCCUCCACCAAACUGCAGUGCUGGUCCAAAAGGAGACAACAUCUACGAGUGGAGGUCGACCAUCCUGGGACCACCGGGCUCCGUGUACGAGGGAGGAGUCUUCUUCCUGGACAUCGCCUUCACACCCGACUACCCAUUCAAACCCCCAAAGGUAACGUUUCGCACGAGGAUCUAUCACUGCAACAUCAACAGUCAGGGAGUGAUCUGUCUGGACAUCCUGAAGGACAACUGGAGCCCCGCCCUCACCAUCUCCAAGGUGCUGCUGUCCAUCUGCUCCCUGCUCACAGACUGCAACCCAGCUGAUCCACUGGUGGGAAGCAUCGCCACGCAGUACACGACCAACAGAGCCGAACAUGACCGAACAGCCAAACAGUGGACAAAACGAUACGCCACAUAAACCCACCGGACGCCAGUGGGAGGAAGAGGAGGAGCAGGAGGAAGAGGAGGGCCGGGGUGGGGGGUGAUCUGUGUUGUUUGUGACGGGGGUUAUUUUUAGCUCAUAUUUUUAGUACUUUGUCGGCUAUAUUUUUUUUGCUUCCUGGUUAAGUUAUCGUUGUGAACAUGGUAAUAAAGGAACACAAUGGAACAUCUCA